CUGCUGCUGGCUCAUAUUGCUGCUUAAAACAUCUCUCUGCGUUGAACGUCAUCUUCAUCUCUUUCUACACCUUCUAACCACACAUCUUCCCUACUACGAUUCAUAAUGCCUGACCUUCCUCAGACACACCCUGAAGUCACAUGGGCUCAGCGCUCCUCGAGCACUGAUGCCGAGCGCAACUACCUCUACGUGGAUAUCAAGGCUCCCGAUGUUGCCAAGUCUGCUGCAGACCUGAAGAUCACUUCGAAAAAUGUCUCGUUCACUGGUGAAUCCAAGAAGGGUGUGAAGUACCACGUGUCGCUCGACUUGUACGCCGAGAUCGACCCUGAGAACAGCAAAGUGAACCACAACGACCGUGAAGUUGAGCUGGUCCUGCGCAAGAAGGAGCUGAAGGAAGAAUUCUGGCCUCGUCUGCUGGAGGUUAAGCAGAGAGUUCACUUCUUGAAGACUGACUUUGACAAGUGGGUCGACGAGGAUGAACAGGACGAAGUCCCUGACGAGGACUAUGCGAACAACUUCGGUGACUUCGGCGGUGGUGAAGGUGGUCCCGGCGGUCCUGGUGGUCCUGGUGGCCUUGGAAACAUUGACUUCUCGAAGCUGGGUGGUCUUGACCCCAGUGCACUUGGUGGCCUUGACCCCAGUGCACUUGCCGGACUUGGUGGACAGCUUGGCGGAGAGGAGGGCGAAGGUGCUGAGGGUGAAGAGGAGGAAGAUAUGCCCGAGCUCGAACCCGCCGACGACAAGGGCGAGGCCAAGAGCACCAAGAUCCAGGAGGUCUCAUAAUUUCCUUCGUUCCCGUCCUUUUGCUGUACCUGAA